AUGUUUUCUUUUUUUUCUACAAGCAAAAUUAAUAAUUUUUGUAUUUUUAAUAAUAUAAAUAAUUUAUUUUACAAAAAUAUUCAACUGAGAAAUCAUAAAAUAAUAAAACCAAGAAAUAUUAUUAAAAUAUGGAAAAUUCAGAAGGGAGAUGAAGUAAAAAUAAUAUCAGGAAAAGAAAAAGGAAAAAUAGGUGAAGUUUUAAGUUGUGAUAAAUUUAGGAAUAUGAUAAAAGUGAAAGGAUGCAAUUUAAGAAAGAUUUUUAUUGAUAAUAAAUUUGUUUAUAUUGAAAAAAAGAUACAUUAUUCCAAUGUUCAAUUAAUAGAUAACUUCUUAAAAACAAAUACAAAAGUAGCAAUUAGAUAUACAGAUGACAACCAAAUUAUUAGGAUUUCUAAAAAAUCAGGAAUUAUAAUACCAUGGCCAAAAGAAAAAAAUAAAGAAAAUGAAAAUGAAGAAGUAGAAGAAAAUCCCUUAGAUACUUCACCACAGGAAGCUUUAAAAAAAACAUAUGAUUAUAAAACAGAUGUAAAAUUUAUGAAUAUAUUAAGACAAACGGUGAACAAAUAUAAUAGAGAAUUGUCUUAA